AUGAUGCUAUUCCCUGGGCUCUGGUUCAGCCAUGCUGGCCAAGUGCUGUCUGUGGAAAUGGUUGUGCAGCCGAGUGAGCGCCACACCUAUGCCAAAGUACAGAUCUUCCGGCCCUACUGCAGUCCCAGCCAGCACCUUGUACCUCCCGGUUGUGCCUCCCUUCACAACCCAUUUAGCUGCUGCUUCCAGGAGCCCCUGUGUAACACAACCGGAGGCUGUGCCAUUGGGCAGCACUGGUGCCACCUGUUGGACAGCUGUAUGCCUGUCACUAGCCCCUGCAGCCCUUAUUACUCUGCAUCACAGGGCAGGGGCUUCUCCAUGCCUCCUCGCCUCUCUGCUACUACCCCUUUCUACCACCAGGUGGCUGACUUCCCUCUAGACUUGUCACCUAGUUCUGAGCUUGUCCAUGUCAAUGUGAUGCUCCCAGAGCGGGAGAUUAACGUGUAUCCAGAUGACAUCCUGGCCGUCCAACACACAGCGCCACCUGGGGGCUUCCUGCACUGUUUGAGGAGCUCCAGUUCCCCGUGGCGUCAGAGCUACGUUUCACUGGCAGGGCCUGAGUGGGGCGGCUGGAUAGCAGGCGGCCUCUUGGCCAUGCCUCCUGGGGCGCAGUGGGUCGACGAGGUGGUGUGUGACCUGCGUCUGCUCUACGCUGAUGCCUUCAGCGGUUACACCACCUCCACAAUGCACAGCACGGGCCAGAGUCCCAUCCACAUGGAGACCACAGGCAGCUUGGGGAAUGACAGGAUAUACGGUGGUGUAGGUCCGACGCUGACUCCAGUUUUGGGAAUCCACCUUGUCUACCCCACCCCAGACCAAGGGGGGCAAAUCCAUAUCCCUGUCAACACCCCAACACUGUUCAUCAUCAAAAUACAGUCAGGAUCAAAUGCCACCAGCUCCUGGUCAGCCCCUAUUUCCCAAACCGGGAUUCCCUUCCUGCCCUCCUGCCCCCCUGGACCAACAGAGUCACACCACGUCUGCGAAAAAGACAGUGCUGACACGUGGUUCUCGCACGCUUACCUGGCGCUGUCUGAGCCAGGAUCCCACAUGCUUAACGUCAGUGCGUCUAACCGCAUCAGCUCCCAGAGUGUGUCUGUGCGACUGCAGGCUCACCAGCGGGUGAGAGGACUCACCAUUUUGCCACAUGGGGACCAGAGAUUAUUGGUGGGAGCCCCACAGGUUUUCAACGCGACGGUGGAAAGUGGCUCCGCAGUAAAGUAUACCUGGGUCAUUGACGACCUUAUGCAAUUUGCUUAUGAAGGACAGACUUACAGUGUUGUCUUCAAAAAGCCAGCACAGUACAAGCUCACAGUGGUCGCAGAAAAUCCUGUGAGCUCCCAGUCCGUGGAGGUGAUGCUUACAGUGGAAAAUGUGUUCCUCAUGACUCAUCCCACCUUCUUCUCCAUUAGAGAAGUAAUCCCAGUCAGUACCUUCCAGUUUUUUACCUUCAGGGUCAAGGUGGACACCUGCCUUGGAGCUGCAUUCUGGUGGGAUUUUGGUGAUAACAGCCCGGCUGUGAAUCAUUCUUAUCCUUCCUCUUCUGAGCCCAGAGGGACUCAGCUGGAGCCUGGGGUGAGACAGACAUAUCUGCAGGAUACCAUCAGCCACAGCUACCAACAACCAGGUGACUACAAAUUGAACGUCAAAGUCUUCAACCAAUAUGAAAGGAUAGAGAAGGCUGUGUUGGUAAAAGUGCGGAGUCCAUUGGCUAAACUGGUGAUUUCGGCUACCCCGUCCGUCCCUCUUGUCAACCAAACAUUUCAUCUGGAAGCUUUGCCUUGGCCGUCCUCUUAUGGAAUUCUGUAUACGUGGAACUUUGGCAGCAGCACCCAUGAAGUGAAGGGAGUGGAAUCCAAAAUCAGCCAUAUACUGAGAGCAGCAGGCAUGUACAAUGUUACAGUCAAAGCCAACAACAGCCUUUCAGAACUUACAACCUGGCUGGCUUUGGAAAUAGUUGAGAACAUUUCUGGUAUCCAGCUCAGCUCUAGUGCUCCAGAUGAAUUUGGCUCCAUCAGUGUAAUAGAAGGCAGCGUAUCAUCUGGCACCAGUCUCCUGUGGACGUUUGACAUGGGUGAUGGGUCUUUGCUUGAAAACAUCUCUAACAACUCCAUGGCCUAUACCUAUAGGUUGCCUGGGAAUUAUACAGUGAGAGUAACUGUGAGAAAUGCAGUGAGUCAGGCUUCCAAAACAAUCAGUAUUGAAGUCUACAAGCUGAAUAUUAAUGGAAUUCUACCAACUGGAUGCUCGGAAAGUGGACACCUGACCUAUUUUACAACAUUAGUGACAGGAAAUGCUGCCAAAUUGAUGUUCUAUUGGAAUUUUGGGGAUGGAACUCCUGUGUCAGUUAUCCAAGGGAUUUCCACAGCCUCACACAUUUAUGAACUUCCAGGGAAUUAUGAAGCAAACGUGACUGCAUUUAGCUCUGUGGGAUCUACCUUUUAUUCUAAAAAUAUAUGCAUGGAGGAGUUCAUCGCUGCCAUAACUGUAAAUUCUUCAAAAGAUGCAGUUGCAGUGAAUGAGGAAGUGUGUUUCAGUGCUUUUGUUCAACCAAAACUGGAUGAACUUCACAGUUAUCAAUUUCUGUGGAACAGCUCCUGCUGUAAUGAUUAUGUCCAAGGACAUGCUAAUCACUGUUUCAUAUUCAAAAAAGAUGGUCACUACCAGGUUUCAGUGGAAGCAAGAAACAAUGUGAGCAGAAAAACGGCUAAAGCAUUUGUUGCUGUUAUAAAACCAAUUGUCAAUGCAACUGUGAAAACUUCAGGUCAUUGUGGCACAAUGGUGAUCAACAAGUCUUACCUCUUCUGGGUGGAAACUUUCCCUAGAACUGAUUUUUCUGUUUUAUGGGACAUGGGAGAUGAGACCCCUAAAAAACAAGGUCAAAAUAUUUCUCAUACCUUCAAACUUGAAGGUGGGUUUAAAAUUACAGCUACUGCGAUAAAUGGAGUCAGCCAGCACUCUGCAAAUAUAGAAGUGAUGGUGAUGAUUCCUUUGUCAAACCUGAUGCUGCAAAUCAAAAAGGCAAUUGUAGAAGUGGGGGAAGAGGUUGUAAUAACAGCAGUAACUAACGUCAUUAAGCAUGUUACUUUCAACUGGUCGAUUGAUGCUUCUGUCCCAGUUGUGACUGGAACACCCAGCUUUGCAUAUGUAUUUCCACGAGUGGGUCUCUAUCGUAUCUAUGUGACUGCCGAAAAUAAUGUCAGCAAACAGGAGGCUGCAGUUUCAAUUGAAGUUCUGAAAAGGAUUCAAGGGGUUCAGAUUACAAGCACGAGUCUUAUUUCUAUGAAGUAUUUACCAACACAGGAAAAUGUCAUUUUGUCUGCAACAGUUACAGGGGGCUCCAACUUAACUUACUUCUGGAUGGUUUUAGUGAAUGGAAAAAACAGGUCGACACAAAAUGGAGAACAUUUCCAGCUGGUUACAGAAGCUCCUGGAGACGUUUUUGUGGAGGUGACAGUCUCCAACCGCCUAGGGAAAGUCAAAAGCAGUGUUUUGCUCAGGGCAGAGGAGCGUGUUUCUGGAGUCCAGAUUUCCACUACAAGAGAUAUUGUGGCACUUGGUAAGCCUGUAGAGAUCUCAGUCAGUGUGAGAAAAGGAACCAACCUCCAGUUUUUCUGGUAUGUGGGCUCCAGUAUAUCUCCCUUAUCAUCAGCUGGGCCCUCACUUCUACAAGUUUUUAGUACAUUGGGUCCUAUUGUAGUCAAAGCAUCAGUAAGCAAUAUGAUUGGCUACAGUGAAGCCACUAAGUUGCUUAUAGUACAGGAGGAAAUUCAGAAUGUAAUUUUUAAGAUUAAUGAUAAAAUGAAUCCUUUCUUUGUCUCUUCAAACUCCGAGUUGCUUUUCUUUGCGUCGGUUGAGAAAGGAAACUAUUUAACCUGGGAAUGGGAAUGUUUCUCAGAGAACAAAGGACCAACACGUUUUGGCAGCACACAAUCAGUUCUACAUUCCUUUUCGGUUGCAGGGGCUUAUCACGUGCUACUCAAUGUCUCAAAUAACAUCAGCUGGCAAACGGUUACCCAUAAAGUAAAUGUUCAGGAUGCAAUCCAGGGACUGAAUUUGAAAGUAAGCAGCCACAUAGUUUGCACUGAUGACCCCAUUGUUUUCAUUCCGACCAUCUUAACAGGAAGUGAUGUUCAUGUUUAUAUGGACAUUGAUAAUGGAAAUGUAUCUGUCAGUCUGAUUGAAAAGCAUUUUGCAGUAUCUUCCCUUCCAGUAGGUAACCACACCAUCACAGCUAGAGCUCAGAAUAAUGUAAGCAGCUCAGUUGUAACUGCGAACGUACAAGUUGUAGAAAAGAUUCUGGGACUGAGACUGGUCAACUGCUGCCAUUCUGUUCUGGAGUCCCUUAAAGAGAUCAGCUUCGAGGCAGAGGUCCUCAAUAGAAUGCCGAUGAUUUACAGCUGGAAUUUCAGUCUAGCUGGAUUUCAACCCUCAUGGGCAAUAGGGCCAAAAGUCGUCUAUACCCCUAUUGGACAUGGAACACUGACUGUAAAUGUUGUGGCUAGUAAUGGCUUCUGUUCACAGUCUUUAAGUGAAUGGGUAAGCAUAGAGUGGCCUGUGCAGUAUGCUAGGAUUGUUUACAAAGCAGCAACAAUUUUUGUUAGUCAAGUAGUUGUGUUUUCUGCAAUAACUAAUAAUGGCAGCAGUCUAAGAUUCAAGUGGGAAUUUGGUGACUCUGAUGAGGCAACAAUAAUCACUGAUUCCAAUAUAGUUAGUCACACAUAUUACUUUCCUGGUAGGUAUGUUGUGCAGUUGACAGUGUUAAAUAAUAUCAGCCAAGUAGUGACACAAUUGCCCAUUGAAGCCAGAAAUCUGGAGUGUGCCUUACCUCGUGUAUCUUUGAUUCAGAAACAAUCCAUAAUCCUCAGAUCUAGGCCAAGCUACUUCGAGGCUAAUGUGGACCUUCAGGGUUGUGUUGCAUACAAGACAAGCUAUUUGUGGGAAGCCUUCUUUGCUCCAUUGUGCCAGGAAGAGGACAUAGUUCCCCUGAGUGCUACAGUGGACAUGACCAUGCCACUGCUAAAGCUCCCCAAGCAUGCCCUGGCUGUGGGUACCUACUGCCUGAGAUUCACUGCUGUUCUUCAGGGAACAUCUCUGCAGCAGCAGCAAAGCAUCAAAGUAACUGUGGUUCACAGUCCACUGAUCCCACUGAUUAAGGGAGGGUCGCACAGGAUUUGGUCAAGCAACAGAGAUCUUCUUUUGGAUGGAACUGAGUCACGUGAUCCAGAUUACGAGACUGAGGAUGGCAACCCUCUACAGUACCAGUGGGAUUGCAUUGUUCAAACUCCAGCAGUCUCACCCUGCCAUACAAACAUAACCCAGAGUAACAGCAGUACUGUCCUGGUAUCUCACAAGAUGCUGCACCCUGAAAGAGUGUACCUCUUCAUCCUCACCGUCUACAAACAAGGGAGGCCAUCUGUCUCCACAAGCCAAUCUGUGGUGGUGGAGGUGGGUCACAUGCUCUCUGUGAGUGUGGCGUGUGUUUCCUGCAGCUCCACCUCUUCUUUCCGCUCCAGCUACAACCGCCCCAUUGUCCUGUCCAGCUCUUGCUCCUCCUGCGAUGGCAGUUUGCAGCUACUGUACCAGUGGUCAGCUGAGAGCUGGAAUGGUGACUUGCUGGACCUCAAUGAAGUCACCACAUCCACAGGGAUAGCUUCCCCGGACCUGGUCAUCAGAUCAGGAGUGCUGCUGGAUGGACCCAAUUAUACCUUCACACUGAAUGUGUCUCAGCCUUCCCUGAACCUAUGGGGCUCAGCCAGUCUCAUCCUUUUACCAAACCUUCCACCUCGUGGGGGAGUCUGCAAACUCAGUCCAGAUACAAGUGUUCGUCUGCUGGAAACCUUGGUGACUUACAAAUGCUCAGGAUGGGUAGAUGGAGAUGAUGAGGCCACUCAGUUGAUCUACUCUCUGAAGGUGGAGAUAUGUCAGCACUAUGGGCAGCCAUGCCUUUUCCACACUCUGUACCGGGGCACCAGGAAUACCUAUGGAAGCUUUGUCCCUCUGGGUUUCUCAGAUCCAGGAGAGAAAAAAAUGUCUGUUAUCAAUGUAUUAGUGUUGGUAGAAGAUGAUCUGGGGUCUGUCAUCACUGCACUGAACAGGACUUUGGUCGUUCUUGAACCCAAGGGAGAUCAACGUACUACAGAAUGGCUGAGGAACAAGUGUCAGUCAGAGCUGUGGGCUCUGUUUCAAAAUGGAAACCCCCAAGAAGUCAUUCCUUACACCAUAGCUCUAACCAGUCAGCUCAACCAAAUUGAAAAUGUGAGUGAGCAGGAACACCAGGACAGGGUGAUGAUACGUGGGAACAUGACACGGAUGCUGGCCUCCCUGCCUGUCUCCUCGCUGCAGGAUGCUGUGCAAAUCGGCUCGGCUCUGGCACAGUGCACUGCUGAUCCCAGAGACCUGGUGUGUGAAGGAUGCAAAGAGAAGGUUCUGGAGGCCACAGGGAAGAUGAUUACCACACUCGGGGAAGAGACUAAAGCAGGCGAUAUCACACCCCUUGAGGCUGGACGAAGUAUUCUGCAUGUUCUUGGCAGUGCAAUUGCUGCAGAUGCAGGGUCCUCAGCCACUUCUGCACACCCCAAUGCGUCCAUGUCCCUGGCCGCCUCAGACACUGCGGUGUUUGCCUUUGGUCAGGUAGGGGAUUUGAUGCAAUCUUUGAUGCGCUCUCGAAUGCGAGGUGAGGAGCCACUGACCCUGGCAGCCCCAAGGAUCAGCGCCGUGGGGCAGCGUAGCGACCCGGCAGACCUGCUGUGCACCGAACCCUCCUCUUCGUGCUCAUUUCACAUCCCACGAGGCCUAGGAAGCCAGCUACGUGUGGAGAGAGAGGAGGUCGUGCAAAUCGUCAUGGACCUCGAUGGCGGAGGGCCCCUUGUCUCAGCUGCUGAGCCACCUAUCUCAACCAAGCUGGCGGCCAUGGAGUUCACCACACUCCAGGGCAGAUCCAUUGUCAUCCAGGACCUUCAGCCAGACCGAGCCAUCCGUGUCAUGCUGCAGAACCAUCUCCCUGCUGGGUGUCAAGGACACAUGAGGGAACAGAAGGGCUCUGUUGGGGAUCUCCCUCUCCCACCCAAAGGGUCGGUCCGCUUCUUAGUGAAACCUCCCAGCAUGGAUCCCAAAGCUGGCCUCUUCAUCACCUUUAACUUCAGCCUUCUUUCAGGAACCGGUGAGCAGAGCAGCGGUCAGGUGACCAUCACAGUGGACAAUCAGUCCAUCCACUCAAUCUCCCAGCAUGUACGUAAUCUGUCCAUCAGCCUCAGUGCUGCAGACCCAGCUCUGGAGGAGACCAUUUUUCUCAGUCCUCUGCAGAAUGGCUCUGGCCAGGAGCUCUUUGUGAGCAUGAGCAGUUCUGUGAACGGGGCCACCAUGCAGGCAUCAGUGUGCGUGUUCAGCUCCCUGUGCCAGUACUUCAGCACUGAGCAGCGGCGCUGGAGCAGUGAGGGUCUCCGGCCACUGGGUGGCAGCAGUCCCCGCGUAGCGCAUUGCCUCACCCAGCAUCUCACUGUGUUUGGGGCCAGCAUGUUUGUUCACCCUGAAGCUGUCAUUCUGCUACCACCGCCAGAAAGGCCGGUGAGAAAUGUCGUAGUGGGAAUCGUGUGUGGGGUUCUGCUGCUGCUGCACAUGCUCGUUGGCCUGAUUGCCCACAAACUGGACCAUCUGGACAGCACACGCCUGAGCUCGGUCCCGCUCUGUGGACAGCCGGGCCGGUACCAGUAUCGAGUCCUAGUCAAGACUGGCUGGGAUAGAGGAUCUGGCACCACGGCUCACGUGGGGAUCAGCCUGUAUGGGCUGAACAAAAGUGGGUCACGCCACCUGCAGCGGGAGGGCGCCUUUCAGAGAAACGCGCUGGAUGAUUUUCAGCUGGAGACCGAGGCCAACCUGGGCGAGAUCUGGAAGAUACGCAUCUGGCAUGACAAUACAGGAUUGGACCCAUCUUGGUACCUGCAGCAUGUGAUUGUUUGGGACAGGCAAACAGACAACAUGUUCUUUUUCCUGGUGGAGGACUGGCUCUCUGUGGAGAAUGAGAAGAAUGGAGGGUUGGUGGAAAAGGAAGUGCUGGCAUCUUGCCCGCAGGAACUGCAGCGGUUCUGGCGGAUUCUGCGAGCGCAGCUGAUGCACGGUAUGAUGGAGAGGCACAUCUGGGCCUCGGUGUGGGAGCGCCCCGCGCACAGCAAUUUCACCCGCGCUCAGAGGGUGACCUGCUGUGCCCUCCUUCUCCACCUGUACCUGGCCGCAGCCGCCGUCUGGUACGGGGCCGCCGGCAGCAGUGAGACGCGCACUCCCGUCUCCGACCACGUGCCAGUGAAUGCUGAGACGCUGGCGAUGGGGAUGACAGUGGCCGUCUUUGUGUUUCCCCUUCAGCUGCUAUUCUGCUUUCUGUUCCGAAACACGUGCAGCAAGGUGACGCUCGAGGAAACAGCACCGCCGACCCCAGCGUCUCAGACCGUGGAAAUGGACGUUUACCUGGACCAAUCAAAUAUCACCGGCUCUUCUUUCCUAUCGCUACCCCGGGGCCUUGACUCCAUCACAUAUGGAGGAUCGGAUGGAGAAUUUCUUGGAAGCAAGAAGAUAGAAUCAGACUUCUGGAACGCCUCCAAACUAAGCAAUGAAAUCACAGAGGAGCAGUGGGCCUCCAGUUGCAGCAUGUCUGACUUGCCAGAGCUCCUUGAGGAGCCGGUGCUGAGUCCAGCCCGUUUGCUGAAAAGGAAGAAGGCGCAGCUGCAGCUGCAACUGGGAUCUCCAGCUGGGUCCAUGCAGCAGACUGCAUCCCCCUCCCUAACCAGCGAAGCCCUCCCCACCACACUGUCCGAGCAGGAUCUUAUCAAGUCUUUAUCUGCAGACUCCAAACUCAGCAGUUCGUCCUCAGGAAGAGUGACGACUGAUUGUAGCCCCAGUACAGCCUGCAAGACGGUGCUGUCUGACACGCAGGACAGCUUCUGCAGUGGCUGGUCACAAACGAGCCGGACAAACGAUUCGCUUGGAGUGGGGCUCUACAGGUCGGCCUCUUCCCUGUCGGUGUUCAGCACGGCCAGCACCUUCCUGCCCAGCCCAUCUCCAGAUUCCCUGGACACCUCUUCCGCCACACGCAUAGGUGUUGCUCGUAGCGCCCCCUGCUGGUGUCUCCCCUCCUGGAUGCUGAAAGUAAUUUACCUCCUAAUCGGGCUGGUAUUGGGGCUCAGCCUGGCUGUGGUCGGGCUCUACGGUAGCAGCUUCUCCGAAUCAGUCCUGCUCAUGUGGCUCAUUUCAGCCUCCUCUGCAUUCCUGACCUCCGUCCUGCUGUUGGAACCCCUUAAGGUGUUUGUUCAGGCUCUCUUCAUGGCAAUUGUGGUGAGACCAGUGGACCCAGAGGUGGAGGAGCGCCUGGCACAGGAGGCCAUAGUGCAGAAAGUGUGUGUGGCACAGGGGGGCAGGGUGCGGCCCCCAUGUGGAUAUGGCCUCCUGCAUGCCAAGGAGGAGGCCCGAAAAGUGAGGGUGCUGCGGUCACUGAUGAAGAGCUGUGUGGUGCAUGUGCUGUUCCUCUUGGUUGUCCUGCUGGUGAAUUACCAGAGCAGCGUCCAUGAUGCACAAGUCAGGCUACUGCAUUCUGCAGUUAAGCACUGGAUAGUCGCAGCUCCACCAGGGUCCCCAAAGCUCAGCAAACUGGCAGGGUGGACUGAGGUCUGGCAGUGGAUGGACAGGAGUCUCACUGCAUACAUCCACGAAAACCCAUCGCUCUCCUUAGUGGGGUUACCACGGCUGCAAAGAGUACAGGUCCCGGGAAUCUGUUGUACUAUGGUCAGGUCUUAUGGAGAACAAAAUUUGACCUCACACAUCCCAUCUAUGGAUCUCAGAACCUCAGCCAACAAUAGCUCAUCUGAACACUUUUUUUCCUGGCUGUGGCCAAGGUGGCGCAGUGAUAUGGGGCGCAGAGGGGAAGAGAGCGUGGAUUUGGGAAGCAGCACUGGGGACACACGCCAGCUCCUGUCCGACCUGCAGGGGGGCAGCUUCAUCAAUUCUGCGACCCAGUCGAUGUCUGUGAAGUUCACACAGCACCACAGGGAAACUUCGCUCUUUGUCUCUGUGACUGUAAUGAUCCAGUGGGCACAAACAGAGACCACUUUUAUCUCGAUACAGCCUUUUCACAUGCCGGCAUCUUCUUUGGGCCCUGACUUGCACAUUGCUACUACGGUUCUGCUGCUGCUGUUUGCUCUGUCCUUCCUGGGCAGUGAGCUCUGGGCAAUGGUCAAGGAGAAGAGCCGGUACUUUAGGGAUUUCAGGCAUUGCCUCCAGCUCCUCGUGUCCCUGCUCUCCCUGGGCAGUGCCGCACUGCGGCUCUCCUUCCUCCACGUGGCGGCAUCCCGCCUCUCCCAUCUUCGCAAGCAGCCCCGGACCUUCGUCAGCCUCCAUGACGCAGCUCAGCUGGCCCAAUUGAGCUGUCAGCUCUCUGCCCUGCUGCUCACACUACUGGUGUUAAAGACAGUUGGCCCGUUGCGCUUUGUAAGACGCUGGGUGGUGUUCAGCAAGGCGCUGCAACAGGCCGGCAGAGAGCUCUGUGGGGCAGCCUUCCUCUACGCUCUCCUCCUGCUGCUGUUCACUCACGUCGGCUGCAUGCUGUUCUCCCACUCAGUAGAGGGCUUCAGGACAACGGGGCAGGCGAUCCUCACCCUGGUAUCAGCACUGCGUGGACGUGCUGUUGUCAGGAGGCUGUGCCAGCAGCACCCAGUGCUGGGGACACUCUACUGCCUGGCUCUGCUGGGCACAGGCCUGUGGGCUCUGGGCCGGUUCUGCGGCAUCCUGCUACUGCGCUCCUACAGGAUCGUGCAGACUGAGCUGUACCGGCCCGCCUUCGAGCCUCAGGAUUACGAAAUGGUGGAGUUCUUCAUCAAGAGGCUCAAGCUCUGGAUAGGUCUCAGUAAAUCUAAGGAGUUCAGACACAAAGUGAAGUUUGAGGGGAUGGUUUCUCCACCCUCCAGAUCUUCCCAGGGAUCCCAGUUUUCUGGUCUUGAAGUCCACAGCCCCACCAGGUCCUGCUUGCCUUCAGCUUUAUCCCAGGUCUCUGAGGACUCCAUCAUUUCAGAAAGCUACGACGUCCAGUGCUAUCUGGAUCGACUGCUCCCGGCUGCCAACAGCCUGCUGAGACAGUUUGAGCAGGUCAACCAGGUAACUGAUGACCUACAUGCGAUUGAGCAGAUGCUGCUGAGGAAUUGGACCAGGAUUUCUCUGAAACGGCAGCAACGGGACAACCAGAGGAGAAGCCAAGGAAGAGGAUCGGCUUCACCACCUAUUCCUCAAGCGGUUCUCCAGCCUCCCUCUCUCCUUCACAGUCCUCACCCCCCACCAUCCACUGCUCCUGCUUUGACCUCCUGUCACACACCUUCUGCUUUCUCCAGUUCGACUCAACCUUGCCAGACACUGCAAGCAUGCAGCGUACCGAAUGCUGUACCUGCAAAUGACAACAUACUGAUUCGCCGGGUUUCCGGCACAGAUUCUGGGUUCAGACCGCUUCCGGGGCGCCGUGCCUGGCAUUCGGGCACUGCCCACUCAGCUGACAUUGGGCAAAGGCCCCCCCAGGCCCCAAACAGCCUCCAGGCCCGACCCAAAAGCGAAGAGGGCAAGAGGAGGUUUGUCUUUGACCAAGUCCCAGUGAAGAGAAGAGCUUGGCAACCUGAGGGACCUGAAAUGUGGACGUGUGAAACCUACUGGAAAAACCUCCAUGACAACAGUUAGUAAUAGAUGCAAAAGAUUGUUUUAGUAAUAGACGGUAAAGGAAAUACUUGCAAUGUUUGAACACUUCAACACC